AUGUGCGGGUGUGCCCUCGAAGCCGGAAACGCUGAAUUGCUUAUGGGGUUUAUGCCCACGCCAGAUACCAAACGUUUACCCUCGCCGGCCGUGAUCUCGCCGUCGACACCACGACUCCACGAGGCCUUCGCCUUUCCCUCUACCCACCUACACGGCCACGCGGACCCCUGCCACCCGCCACGUCUCUCCCCACGCGUACCCCUCCCACCUCUUCCUCUCUCCGCUCCCCCCGUGCCGCCCGCCGCUUGCCAACCGCCACCGUCACCUCCCCCGCCGCGCCCCACCCCGCAAAACCCCUCGAUUUCCACCACAAGCCAUCCAAAACCCAAGCCAAGCGUCCAGCUCCCAACCAUGCCGCCGCUCGCGCGCCGCCUCGCCGCCGCGGGCCUCCUCCGCCUCCGCCCGCGCGGCGGCCGCGCGCUCCACACGGGCCCGCCGCCCGACCCGGGGGUGCUGGCGUGCCGCCUGGCUUCCCGCGCCGUGGUCCGCUUCGCGGGGCCCGAGGCGGCGCGCUUCCUCCACUCGCUGCUCACCAACGACCUCCUCUCCGCCUUCGCCGCGGGGGGCGCCUCGUCGCCGCAGCGGUACGCGCCCACGCCCAACGCCCCCCGCGCGGGGCCCGCGGGCCCCGCCUACGCCGCGCUGCUCACGCCGCAGGGCAGGUUCCUCUACGACCUCUUCCUCUACCGGCCCCCGCCGCGGUCGCAGAUGCUCGACCGCACCGGGUCCGCGCCGGAGACCGGGGAGAAACCCGCGGAGGAGGAGGGGGAGCCCGCGGAGGUGCUCGCCGAUGUCGACGCCGCGGAGGUCGACGAGCUCGUCGCUUGCUUUAAGAGGUAUCGGUUAAGAUCCAAAGUCGAAAUAGAUAAUGUAAGUGAGAAUUUUGCAUGUUGGCAAAGAUUUGGACGCAAUUUGGUGCAUACUGAACCAUCUACUCAAGAACCUGAGGCUCAAUCUAUUGGAUGGGGACAAGGUGUUGACCAUGCUGGUGAGUCAGCUGCACAAGGGAAUGGACAUGGUUGGCAGUGGCUCAAAGAUCCUCGGUUGGAUUACCUUGGCUACAGAGGAAUUUUUCCAGCUGACACAAUACCACCACUAGUUGAGUCUGACAAAGAAGCGGAUGAGCGACAUUAUCAGCUUUGGCGGAUAGAAAAUGGAAUUGCAGAAGGUUCAACUGAGAUUCCAAAAGGUGAAGCAAUCCCACUGGAGUACAACCUUGCUGGCUUGAAUGCUAUUUCUUUUGAGAAGGGGUGCUACAUUGGGCAGGAGCUUAUUGCGCGGACACACCAUCGUGGUGUCAUUCGGAAACGUCUCAUGCCAAUGAAAUUUGUUGACGAGAAGGGGCAAGAACUGGACCAGGCUGUGGCUCCAGGUUCAGAAGUUGUGAAUGAAGCUUCAGGCAAGAAAAUCGGUACAGUAAACACUGCCCUGGGCUCCCGAGGAAUGGGCCUGUUGAGACUUGAAGAGGCACUGAAACAAGGAUCAUCCCUUCGCAUCAGCGAUAACAAGGACGUUAGGGUUCAGGCGAUCAAACCGGACUGGUGGCCAUCUGAGUGGACACAGAUGGUUGACCAGCAGAGUGCAGUUGCCUGAGAGCAAGAGCCGUGAACUCAAGCCAAAACUCCCAGUGAAGCUCAUGGGAGGCGGAGUUCUGCCAUCAGGUGGUAUCGAAGACUGGCAGUAGUAGCAGUACACAUAGCUAACAGUUUCAGUUUAGGGCAAGUCCUCCAGUGUAUCAAGGCAGAGCCUGUUUUCCUCCUCUCUGCCUGCGCUUCACUUGUGCGUCGAUGACCGAUCAGAAUAAGCGGCUGUAUCAGAAUGUGGCCCAAUCAUGUUCUGUAUUCGAAUAAGUUACUCUGUUUCCAGCACGCCAGCAAUAAGACUGAUCUUGUACAAUGUUUUUUCUUGCACAGUCAGAGAACUCAGCACAGAUGUGUUGAUCUCGCUUGUAAAACAUUUCAUGCUUGUGGUUGCCUCAAACACUGUUGUAUGCGCACGAGGUAUGUGAUGGAAUCACUGUUUCAA